GGACUAAGAGGCCAGCAAGGAACACAGCAAAAAGUAAGACACAAACCAACAUCAUCUCAGACAUCAUCGAGCGCAUUUGUGUGUUGUCAGUUUAUUUAUCCCAGCACGAAAAACUUGAAAAGACGAUACAGCAGUUGAAAACAGACAUCGCCAGACCUGUGCAUCAAACAAGAAUUUUUAUUUUCGUAUCUCAUCGUACACAAUUGAACCAGUUCUUUGCUGCGCCAGUGCGUUCACCUCCUUCUCCUAUUGAUAAACGACGGGUCAACGUUGUGUGCAUGUAACAUCCAGUCUCUUCUGUUGAGCCAUUUGUUUUGAGUGUGUGCAUCUUAUUGUUGUGUUUUUUCCGCUCCUCGGGCCCAUGAAAUGCUGAAACUGGAACAGUCACGCAGCAACUUGUGACUCACGCUGCACAACGACGACAGCAGCGUUAAAAACGCAGAGUUCGACCAGGCGGGUAACUAGAUCCCGUUCAUGAACCGUCUCCAUUUCACCGCCUCUUCAACGUGAAGAGACGCAUUUAGCGCUUGACGUUUCUUGUCUAUUGUCCGUCGUCAGUUGAAAACGUAAAUCCAUACACCCAGUGCUUCAAACGCAAAAACAUCAUAGGAAAAACAAAGAACUGGCUAAAAACAGUUGAUCGACAAAAAAGAGUCUUCCACUUCGCGAUCGUCUUUUGCAUUCCUUUUGCGAGGAGUGCGCGGAUUUCAAAAUAAAUCAUUGCUGCACAGCGUCUUGUUUGAAUAGCCUAACUCAAAUUCACGAGUGUUGGAAUCAUGUUGUACAACGUCGCCUACUGCAGUAACUACUCGCCUGUCAAUUACCAUCAUCAGCAACAGGUGAAGCGACCCAGAACCGACAACGACACGGACGCUUUAUCAGCCGCCAGACUGGGCGAAAGUGGUCACGUGUCCAGCCCUGCCAGCCAAUCGGAAUCGACAUGUGGGUCUCCUGGUGAACAAGGCGGGGGAAGCGGAGGCGGGGGACACAACGGGCAUCCGCCAGAAGGGCAACCUGCCAUCCAGCAACAGCAAGGUGGUCUGGUAGGAACUGGUCCCAGCAGCGGCUCUUUGGUAUCCAGGACGAUGACCUCUUCCACACCGACUUACUCGUCAUCACCGGCGUCAUGGACCCUGCCCACCCCUUCAGACAAUUCCUUGGUAAAAUCCGAACUUCUUGGAGGCACAUCUGAAAACCACCUCGGGUCGUCGGAUUCGCCGUUCGUCAGUGACGCUCUAGCAGCCGUGACCGGUGACUAUCAGUCGGCCUACGCUGCUUCCUAUUACAGCAGCGCGAUGCAGGCCUACAAUAGUCAAUCGACGUCGGCCUACAUGCCAAGCAGUGGAUUCUAUAAUGGCGCAUCUUCGCAGACGCCCUACGGAGUCCUGGCGCCCUCCACUUACACAACGAUGGGCGUUCCCAGUACAAGAGGUUUAGGCCAACAAUGUAAAAAUGGACAAUCAUUAGCACAAACGCCUCCGUAUUUGAGCUCGUACGGGUCGGCAUUCGGUGGUGUCACAGCCAGCAGUUCGCCUUCGGGUCCACCCGCCUACGCGUCCGCUUAUGGAUCGGCAUACAAUAGCGCCACCGCCGCCCAAUCGUUCACCAACAGUCAACAAGUUCCAACGGGACUAGAUUACGGGGCGUAUACGCCGUACGGCCAGGCCAGUAGUUACGCGUCGUAUUAUGGACAGAGUUACGCUCCGUACGGUAACGGUAGCGUCACUGGUACAACGUCGUUGCCCAGCCUAUCACCCAGCGCACUACCAAACCUCGGCGUCCCUAACUCCACCAACGGGGUGACCAAUAGCAACAACGUCUCUGCCUCCACAGCCAAUUUCACAUCAGCUGGAUCUUAUCAACAGUUGCCGCACGCCAGCCUAACAUCGGCUUCAUCUUCCCUUUCAGAAAGUCCGACGUAUCCCGUUGUGGAGACUAGCAGUCCACCGCUGACGAUCAAGAGCGAUUCAACGCCAACCAACACAUCGCGGAGGAGUAAAGAAACAUCUGCUGAAGGUGGAUCACGAAGCGCGCGGAACAGGAAUCGAAGGGCACCAAACCCGUCGCCAGAUCCUGAAUCAAAUUUGGACCGCGUCUUCAUUUGGGAUCUCGAUGAAACCAUCAUCAUUUUCCAUUCGUUAAUGACCGGCUCGUACGCCUCCAGAUUCGGAAAGGACGUUCCAGGCUCGAUCCAGCUCGGAGUCGGCAUGGAGGAGUUGAUCUUCAACUUAUCAGACACGCACUUCUUUUUCAACGAUCUUGAGGAAUGUGAUCAAGUCCACAUUGACGAUGUGUCCUCCGACGAUAAUGGCCAAGACCUGAGUAAUUACAAUUUCCGGACGGAUGGUUUCCACGCAGCUGCCACCAACGCGAGCCUUUGUCUGGCCACGGGCGUCCGCGGCGGAGUCGAUUGGAUGAGGAAGCUUGCCUUCCGGUACAGAGCCAUCAAAGAGAUUUACAACCGUUAUCGCAAUAGCGUCGGAGGAUUGCUUUCGCCUGCCAAGAGGGAGCAGUGGAUCCAACUGCGGAUGGAGAUCGAAUCGCUGACUGACAAUUGGCUGACGCUAGUCACUAAAUGCCUAGAACUGAUCAAUUCCAGACCGAACUGCGUUAACGUGUUGGUGACGACAACGCAACUUGUCCCCGCGUUAGCAAAAGUCGCACUCUACGGGCUGGGCGGUGUUUUCGCCAUCGAGAACAUCUACAGUGCCACUAAAAUCGGUAAAGAAAGCUGUUUCGAGCGGAUCGUUUCUCGCUUUGGACGAAAGUGUACCUAUGUCGUCGUCGGAGACGGCCGUGACGAAGAGAGCGCUGCCAAGCAGUUGAAUUUCCCGUUUUGGCGGAUUUCGAGCCACCAGGACAGCGCGGCCCUGUAUAACGCCCUAGAUAUGGGAUUCCUGUGAACAUUGUCACUCAACAAGAGGAAGAGACGAAUGAAAACAAAGGGAUAAAAAAAUAAAAUAAAAUAACAAAAACCAAAAUAAAACAAAUAAAAGAGGGAUAAGGAAGAAAAUGGCAGAUGAAGAAUUCUGCAUCCCCUUCACUUGACAACGGAUAUGGAAGGACAAGGACGUGUGGUCAGAAAGGAGAAGAAGUGACUUCGUUAUUCUUUUUGGUGUGACACGACACGAUAUCCAAACAUCGCAAAAACGCAACACACGAGAGAUCUAUACACCUAACGAGACUACAGGCCAUAUACUGAUGCAGAUGUAUACAAAAAGGGGAAAUCGAAUCGAUAACGUUGAAAACGUGUUUGAUACGCCAACAGGGUAGAUAUCCAUUUGUGUCCUCCUCACCCACAUUUCUUGGCGUACCUCCUUUCUUCAGUGAAUGCCAUCCAUCAACUUCCUACAUGUCCUACAGAAUAGAAUUGUCUAUCUGUCUAUCUGUGACCUAUCGCCCAAUCUAUCUACCGCUAUCUUUUGUCUCGAUCCAAAGUGGAUCAACUCGCAGCACUGUCGAUUGCGCUUUUUAUACAAUUCAUACGCGUUUGCCUGUAUCUGUGUACGUAUGCGCACUUGUGGGUCUCUAUCUGUAAAACCCUAUACAAAUCUUAACGUUGAUUCUACCAAAGGGGAAGACAACACAACAAAAACUAAUAAAAAUUAAUAAAAAAAAUUUUAAAGAAACGUAAAAAAAAAAAACUACAAAAAAUAAAUAAGAAUUCCUUUAUUGCGUGUAAUGUACAGUACAUUUCCCUCCGUACAUUUAUAUGUCAUCGUGAAUGUUUGUUUUUUUUUUCUUCCCAUUUUCAACAAAAUAAGUUUAAAAAAAAAAAAAGCAACAAAACAAACAACCGCCUCUUUUAUAUUUUGUUCGGUUGGGACCAUUCUAUACUUUAUUUUUUGAAAAGUUGAAUUUCCUUUUUUCCUCCUCUCUAUUUCCCUGCUUCCUGUGUGUGUGUGUGUCUGUUUUAUUCUGACCGAAGGACUUUCUUAUAUUCGUGUGACGACGGAUUUCGCGUCUUCCGUCGCGUUCCCUCUCGAAUGCUCGUUCAUGUGCGUGUAUGUGUGUUGAGUGUGCGUGACCAUAGAUUUCAAAGAAUAAUUUUUUUUUUCUUUUUUUUAGAGAAAAAUGUUUCAUUAUAUUUGGUUCGUCCAUAGCCUGAUGGUUAAAAAAAAAAAGCAACCAGAUGUUUUCUUCUUUUUAAAAAAACUUUUCCCCGACUAAUUGUUCAAUUCCAGCGCGUAAUCCUUUUAAAUAAAAGAGAAGCUUUAAAAAAGAGAAAAAGAAAUCAUUGAAACAUUUGCUAUACUCACACGCAAACACUCACAAAAAUAAAUUGUUAAAAAAUGCGUUUUGAUAUUGACGUAAAAUACAGAAGAUUCCAGUGCGUUCAUUGAAUAAUAGUAGCCCACGCUAGAUAGUUUGUGUACAUAGUUCUGUUCUGCGAUGAUUUUUUUUCAAGCUCAUUUCGCUCGCAUUUGGUGUGCACUUUCGAUUUGGAUGUUGUUGCCUCGUCUUUCACGAUUCUCUACGCUACCUUCACCCAACGAAGGCAGUCAAGUGCUCGUUUCAAUAACCAUACCACUCGCAACAAUCAUCAGCGUCUCACAAAUCUCAUUUACUCGGAUUUCAAUUUUCGAUUCGAUUCAUUUCUGCCUAUCGAGUCUGUACAUGAAAAAAAAAAAAAAUUUAAUAUUCACGGAAGACGUCGAAAAAUCAAACAGCAGUUCUCCACCCCGCCGAGCAUUUGAAUUCAUGAUUCUAUACGUCGAUCGGUGGCUGACGUCAUUUUGGUUGACGCCCCGUCUCCCCCCCCCCCACACUCCGUUUCAUUUGAAUUUUUUCCUUAUCUGUGUUUUUAGAUCCCGAACUUAGCAACCAUCCAUUCUUUCUUUCUCUUUUUCUUCUAAUAGACAGCACAUUUAAUCAAUAUGUCUAGUUGCUGCAAUUCUCUUUUGUUUCUCUUCUUCCUUUCCCUCUCUCUUUCGGUGUUAAUAAUUCAUUUUCUCUUAACGAUUGUAUGACUGAUCCACCCAAACAUGAUUUUAUUUUUAUUUUAUUUUAUUUUUUCAUGGAAUCAAUUUUAUUUUACCGGUUUCAAUCCCCCAAGUCCCCCCAAAAUCCCCCGCAAUUUUCGAAAGUCAUAAUCGUACGUGUUCACUGUUGUAAUCCGACCGAGGCUACUUCUACGUUGUGUUUUCUUGUUCUUUUAAAAUCCUGUUUGUAGACUGACACCAGCACACACUGACACAUUGUACUGUACAAUAUAUACAUACGUAUUGGA